UGGAGUCAGGACCUAGAUCUUUCCCCUUCAGGUCUCCGGGGUCGGCGCGCCCCCUCAGCCCCGCCGCCCGCUUUCGGCCUGUCAGCUGGCCCUAGACAGGCGCCCGCGCGGCCGCUCUCAGAGGCCCGGCCCCGCCUGCGACGCUCGCAGCUCCUGGCGUUUACAGGUCCCGAGGCCAGGGCAAUGUUCCGCACCGCCGUGAUGAUGGCGGCCAGCCUGGCGCUGACCGGGGCCGUGGUGGCUCAUGCCUACUACCUCAAGCACCAGUUCUACCCCACCGUGGUGUACUUGACCAAGUCUAGCCCCAGCAUGGCAGUCCUGUACAUCCAGGCCUUCGUCCUUGUCUUCCUCUUGGGCAAGGUGAUGGGCAAGGUGUUCUUCGGACAGCUGAGGGCAGCAGAGAUGGAGCAUCUUCUGGAACGCUCCUGGUAUGCUGUCACUGAGACUUGUCUGGCCUUCACUGUUUUUCGGGAUGACUUCAGCCCCCGCUUUGUUGCGCUCUUCACUCUCCUUCUCUUCCUCAAGUGUUUUCACUGGCUGGCUGAGGACCGUGUGGAUUUUAUGGAACGCAGCCCCAAUAUCUCCUGGCUCUUUCACUGCCGCAUUGUCUCCCUUAUGUUCCUCCUGGGUAUCCUGGACUUCCUCUUCGUCAGCCAUGCCUAUCACAGCAUCCUGACCCGUGGGGCCUCUGUGCAGCUGGUGUUUGGCUUUGAGUAUGCCAUUCUGAUGACUAUGGUGCUCACCAUCUUCAUCAAGUACGUGCUGCACUCUGUGGACCUCCAGAGCGAGAAUCCCUGGGACAAUAAGGCCGUGUACAUGCUCUACACGGAGCUGUUUACAGGCUUUAUCAAGGUUCUGCUGUACAUGGCUUUCAUGACCAUCAUGAUCAAGGUGCACACUUUCCCUCUCUUUGCCAUCCGGCCUAUGUACCUGGCCAUGAGGCAGUUCAAGAAAGCUGUGACAGAUGCCAUCAUGUCUCGCCGAGCUAUCCGCAACAUGAACACACUGUAUCCAGACGCCACCCCAGAGGAACUCCAGGCGAUGGACAACGUCUGCAUCAUCUGCCGAGAAGAGAUGGUGACUGGUGCCAAGAGACUGCCCUGCAGCCACAUUUUCCACACCAGCUGCCUGCGCUCCUGGUUCCAGCGGCAGCAGACCUGCCCCACCUGCCGUAUGGAUGUCCUUCGGGCGUCGCUGCCGACCCAGUCACCGCCGCCCCCUGAGCCCGCGGAUCAGGGGCCACCACCUGCCCCCCACCCCCCGCCACUCCUGCCCCAGCCCCCCAACUUCGCCCAGGGCCUCCUGCCUCCCUUCCCUCCAGGCAUGUUCCCGCUGUGGCCCCCCAUGGGCCCCUUUCCUCCUGUCCCACCUCCCCCCAGCUCCGGAGACGCUGUGGCCCCUCCGUCCACCAGUGCAGCCCUUUCUCGGCCCAGUGGAGCAGCCACAACCACAGCUGGUUCUGCUGCCUCUGCCCCAGCACCUGGCUCGGCCUCCGCCCCUGACGCUGGCCCCGCCCCAGGCUUCCCCUUCCCUCCCCCCUGGAUGGGCAUGCCACUGCCUCCACCCUUUGCCUUCCCCCCGAUGCCUGUGCCUCCUGCCGGCUUUGCUGGGCUGACCCCAGAGGAGCUGCGGGCUCUGGAAGGCCACGAGCGGCAGCACCUGGAGGCCCGGCUACAGAGCCUGCGCAACAUCCACACGCUGCUGGAUGCCGCCAUGCUGCAGAUCAACCAGUACCUCACCGUGCUCGCCUCCCUCGGGCCCCCCCGGCCUGCCACCUCAGCCAACCCCACUGAGGAGACUGCCCCUACAGCUGUCGCUGCCGCCUUCUCCACCAGCACCCCCAGCUCUGAGGCCACCACCCCAUCCCUGGGAGCCUCUCCACCAGCCCCUGAACCUGAAAAGCCUCCAGCUCCUGAGUCCGCGGGCACCGAGGAGCUGCCUGAGGAUGGGGAGCCUGACGCAGCAGAGCUCCGCCGCCGUCGCCUGCAGAAGUUGGAGUCCCCUGUUGCCCACUGACACUGCCCCAGUCCUGGCCCCUGCCCCCACUCUUGAGCAGUCCUCGCUGGAACACGUCCUGCCACCAAGUGCCAGCUCCCUCUCUA